CCACAGAAUGAUUCCGGCAAACCUCCAGGCUUCCUGAGGUUUAAGGCCGAGACAAUAGCCCAUUUGCACCAAAGACCACAUUGCUACCACUGCUGCCACUUGGGAUUGUCCUUUUCCUGCUAUUUCCCCUCCCAAAGGGACUUUCUCCAGUCCUUCCCAGACCCAGGCUUAUGCAGCACUCUCUUAGGAGUCAACAAUAAAAGGUAUUUCUUCAACCACACUCUUCUCUCUAGAGACAUAGCUUGAAGAUGAAGUCCCUCUGGAAAAUUCUGAUGGUAGCCCCUCUGGUCUUUUCCCUGCCUGUUCACACCUCAGCCUCUCUGCUCUACAGUGACCAGCUCAGCACCAGACUUUCCACUGGCCACAACUGUCUAGGGUGUGUGGUGGUGGUAUCUGUGGUGGAGCAACUUGCUCAAGUUCACAACUCAACAGUUCAGGCCUCCAUGGAGAGACUGUGCAGCUACUUGCCUGAAAAACUGUUCUUGAAGACCACCUGCUAUGUAGUGAUUCACAUGUUUGGACCAGACAUCAUAAAAUUGCUUAAUCUGAAGAUGAAUGCUGAUGUGGUGUGUCACACCCUGGAGUUUUGUAAACAGGACACAGGCCAACCUUUGUGUCAUCUCUACCCUCCUCCCAAGGAGGCAUGGAAAUUUACAUUGGAGAAGGCAAGACAGGCUGUGAAGAGACUGCCAGCUCUGAAACACUCAGAAAGUGGUUCCAAUGUUUGUUCACUUCCAUUUUUGUCCAAGAUUUGCCAGAAAAUCAGAGUGUCAAUAGAAAAUUCCAUGCCAUUCAAAGACGUAGAUUCAGACAAAUACAGUAUCUUCCCGACUCUGCGAGGCUAUCACUGGCGUGGAAGAGACUGUAAUGACAGCGACAAGAUGGCAUACCCAGGCAGAAGGCCAGAUAACUGGGAUAUACAUCGGGAUUCAAACUGUAAUGGCAUUUGGGGUGUUGAUCCAAAAGAUGGAAUUCCAUAUGAGAAAAAAUUCUGUGAAGGUUCAAAGCCCAAGGGAAUUAUUUUGCUGGGAGACUCAGCUGGGGCUCAUUUUCACAUCUCUCCCAAAUGGAUCACAGCUUCGCAGAUGUCUUUGAAAUCCUUUGAGAGUUUACCAACAGCUCUUACUGAUGAGUUCAACUGGCCCCAACUCUCUGGUGUUACCGGAUUUCUGGAAGAUCCCACCAGCAGAAUUAAAGAAAACUCUGUCUACCUGCGUUUACGGAAAAGAAACCACUGCAAUCACAGAGACUACCAGAACAUUUCAAGAAAUGGUGCAUCUUCUCAAAACCUAGAGAAAUUUAUAAAAAGUUUGUCAAGGAACCAACUCUUGGACCAGCCAGCCAUUGUCAUAUACGCCAUGGUUGGGAAUGAUGUCUGCUCUAGCAGGAAUAUUGAUCCACUCUCAGAAAUGACCACUCCUGAGAAACUAUACUCCAAGGUCAUGCAGACACUGAAGCAUCUAGACUCCCAGCUGCCAAACGGCAGCCAUGUCAUUUUAUAUGGCCUGCCUGAUGGAACCUUCCUCUGGGAUAAUUUGUACAGCAGAUAUCAUCCGCUCGGCCAGCUAAAUAAGGACAUAACUUACGCACAUUUCUACUCCUUCCUGAGCUGUCUCCAGGUCAGUCCCUGCCAAGGCUGGAUGUCAUCCAAUAAGACACUCAGGGCGCUCACUUCAGAGAGAGCAGAACAACUCUCCGAUACACUGAAAGAGAUUGCAGCUAGCAAGACAUUUACAAACUUCGAUCUUUUUUACCUGGAUUUUGACUUCCAAGAAAUCCUACAGGAGUGGCAGAAGAGAGGAGGGCAGCCCUGGCAGCUCAUCGAACCUGUUGACGGAUUCCAUCCCAAUAAGGUAGCUUCACUCCUGUUGGCAGAUCAAUUCUGGAAGAAGGUGGAACUCCAGUGGCCCCAAGUCCUGGGCAAAGAGAAUCCAUUCAACACCCACAUUGAACAGUUGUUUGGAGACCAAGGCGGGCACUGAGUCCCUAAGGACACACACUUUCCAGGGCGUUCUGAGAAACAGAAAUUCGGAUGAAUUCAUUCACCAAGCAGUCACCGGGGGUGGGAUUGGAGGAGGUUGCUCUUCGCCCCCUCUUUAGCACCUGUGUAAAAUGCUUUUCCCUCACUGAUGAGCACAUCUGGAACACAGUGUAAAUCUGUGUGCUUCUGAGGUCAGAUUCCUCCAGUUUUCCCUUAACCUUUAAUAAAGUAUUUUGAGUAUCAUUCCCAGUAAGAAAGCA